AGCUGAACAUCAUCAUCAUCUUCUUCACCGUCACCAUGCCUCGAGGAUUCUUGGUGAAGAGGAACCGGAGAUGUUUGGCGUCAUAUCGACCGCGAAACAAAAACAAAGUUGCGACCUGCGAUAACGACAAAAAACACCACGAGAAGGCUGACGUAACCAAGCCGGUGAACCACGUAUGGUGCGUUCCGGGUACAGAUGUCCCGCUCCCGCUGUCCCGUGAGGAUUCCACAGAGGUGUGGAACCUGAACGUGGAGGCUGCUCUGGAGGCAGAGGCGGACCGGCGCGCGCAAUUACCGGACAGCGAAGAGCACGAGAGCGACAUGGAUGUUCUCACUCCAACGUGUGACUUCUCCUGCUUCUUCCCGCCUCCACCUCCACACGACUCGCUUUUAAUGGAAGCGUGUAGUCCGGUCAAGCCGGUCAGAACAAGACUACCGGAGCAGCACGAAGAGGGCCAGAGGAAGACAUUAUUUACAGAGACACGUCUGGCUUCAUCUCUGGACAGCGAAUUGCCGUUUUCUGCUUCCAUUGAGAGGCUUUUUGUUGGUAGUAGCCGCCAGCACGCGCAGUCCUACGGUCCCGGUCAGAAUCAUGACGUUAGAAAACACUCCAUCGUACCCCCUGAAGAGCGGCUGAACAGACCCAACAGACCUUCGGCGGGAAGCUCGUGCAAGAAACCCAAAGUGAACCGGAAGCUUACCUUUGAGGACGAAGUCACGACCUCGCCGGUUUUAGGUCUGCGCAUUAAAAAAGAAUGCCCGGAAGUGAGGAGGCAGCACCGGCACAAGUCCUCCGCUCCGAACGGAAGUCAUCCGCUUGGAGAGUUCAUCUGCCAACUCUGUAAGGAGGAGUACGCCGACCCUCUCUCCCUCGCGCAGCACAGGUGCUCGCGCAUAGUGCGCGUGGAGUACCGCUGUCCCGAGUGCGACAAAGUCUUCAGCUGUCCCGCCAACUUAGCCUCACAUCGCCGCUGGCACAAGCCCCGUCCGGUUAACAACACGGUAGGAGAGAGUUGUGUAAAAGAGUUCGAGCUCGACGGGAAAGAGAACGAGCUGCUGUGCGUCAAUCAGCGAGAGAGUUCCCGUGUCGACGGAAGCAGCCUCGCGCCGCCGGAUUCGUCGCCUCGUUUCAACCAGCACUUGGCAGCAGGGAGGGAAAGCCCACCGCCGGGUCUCCUUCUGUUAAACGCUAACCCAUACCGGCCGUCGCUCCCGCCCGCGCCCCCACCGUUUGUCCAGGCGGUACCGGAAGAUGAGGCUUACGACUGUAGCUACUGUGGCAAGAAGUUCCGACGGCAAGCUUACCUGAAGAAACACAUGGUGGCCGCCCACGAGAUGACAGCUCGGGCCUCUUCGCCGUACGAGCAGAAUCACCAGGUAUGUGCGUGUCACCUGUGCGGCGCGCGCUUCCCGUCUGCUGAAAUCCGGGACAAGCACCGUGUGUGGCACGCCAUGACGGGAGAGUUGCUUGGAGGCGGGCUCAGAGCGGACGUUUAUGGCGGGAACAGGGAGUGUAGGGAGCAGCAGCUUCUCACGUGCAAAUACUGUACGUCCACGUUCCUCAGUUCGCCGGGGCUGACGAGGCACAUCAGCAAGGCUCAUCCCGGAGAGAGCCUGCACGUCAUGAUGCAAAUGGCGGUGAGAAACUGACAUAACGGGAUAGUACGUGCUGCACCGUACUGGGAGCUGAUCCGAUGGUCUGAACUUCCCAUCUGUUCCUAAAGUUUUGUCCCUCUCUAAUCAAAACCGCUCUCUGUACACCGAAAACUACAUAACCACUGUAUUUUUCUUCCUGUUUUGCAGUACAUAUCGUCACUUUUACUAUAGUUUAAAUUACUUUCAGUCUCUCCAUGUGGAGUGUUGAAAUACUGUACCGGCAAGGUGAGCUAUUGUGAACUGUCCAAGGUGCUGACGCUGCCUCCUAGUAAAGAUAAAUUACUUACUGUACAUUACGUUGUUUUAUGUAUUGGGUUUUUGCUCAUACAAAAUACAAAUCUACUUUAUAUGAAUUUGUAUUCAUUCAUGAGUACCAUAUAUUGUUCUUUUUAAACAAGGCAUCUUGUAAAUGUUUGACUACACAAUCAGCUGUAAUAUGUAGUUAUAUUUCUCAAACUGAAUCACAACACUUUAUGUAGUUAACAUAUAUCAGUAUAAUAUAUCAACAAUAAUCAGUUUCUUGCCGUGAUAUGCCUUUGAAAAAAAUGUGCCAGCUGACUUUAAGGGUAUAAAAUAUUUUCAUACAGAAAAGGAACAUUUCAUGUUAACAUCACAAUUAAGUUCAAUUUAAU